AUGCAUUUUAUCAAAAGUAUUUAAAACUUACGGUUCAAACAUCUAUAAUUACAUUUAAAAUUAGAAACUAUCAAGAAGUCUUUUAAAAAUAUAUUAGAAUAAACAAGCCCACAAGAACUACAAAAAUUGUAAGAAUUAAUAAAUCUUGAUGAGUUUCUACUUUCUAUAAUUAAAGAGUACCCAAAAAGAAUAAUUUGCUGUAAUAGUAAUAUUGAAAAAUAAAUUAUAAGUGAAUUAAUAAGUGUAUAAUUCACUGAACACGACUAUUAAAAUUAGCUAUCAAAGUAGAAAGGAUUAAUAGAAUACUUACAAUUCCGAUUAUCAAUAGAAGAAUAAACGAUAUCCUAAGAAGAAUAAGAUUUAGAAUUAAUUGAGAAGGAAUUAGGAGAAUUAUUCAUUGAAGAAUCUCCCUACUAGUUGCGAUUAGAAAAAAUUAUUGAAGGUCUAGCUAUUGAUGAAUCAUUAAAAAAUGUGAUUGAAGAAAAAUUCAGUAUUUCAGAAUAGAGAUUGGAGAAAGAUAAAUUUAAUAAUUUUUUGUCUUAGUUAAGAAAAAUCAAAGACUCAGGCAAAUAUUAAAACAUACAUUAGAUUAAGAUUGAGUAUUGGGAUUAAUUAGCCAUCCAAACAACAACAGUAAUUAAAACAUUGGAAACGUUUGGAUAAAUAGAUAAGGAAAUUUUUUAAAUGUUAUUGAAUGAAGAGCUAAUGAAUUUAAAAAGGUUAUUAAGUGAAGAAAAAAUAUAUUCAGAGAUACAGUUAAAUGCUGCACUUCAAAGCAAUUAAGAAAAAAUGAUAAAUGAGAAAGAUAAAAUAACAAUUACUACCAAAAGUGAUUAAAUUUAAGAGAAUUAAUCACAUGAUUUAAUAGUUAAACAAAAAGAAAAUUAUCAAAUUAAUGAAAAAGAUGUUAUAACCUGGAUGAAAUCUAAUUUUUUCAGCAACUUGAACCGUAGGACUUACUUGUUAUUUUUGAUUAAGGUGGUAAAAUUAUAAAUAUAAAAAAUAAUAGAAUCGAAGGAGUUAUUACAAAGAUUUCUUGAAGAAGUUAAUGUUUUCUCAGAUAAACUUGAUCAAAUUCAAAAAUAUAAAUAAGAAGUUUAAACUAAAUUAUAAUAAAGAUUUUAGUGUCGAUUUUAAGAAUUUAUAAAGAACUUUGAAUAAUUAAUAUUGACACAAAUCAACUUACAACAAAUAGAAGAUGAAAAUUUUGAGAGUUAUUUUGAAAGAAUACAAACUAAUUUAUCAAAAGGAAACUAUGAUACGGAAAUUACUUAAACAUAAUAAAAUAUAUCUGAUUUUCUAAAAACUUUAAAAGUGUAUUUUUCAGAAAAAUUACUAGAACCAAAAUAUUCUUCGAAUUCUCAUAUUAAAUAAGAAUUUCUGAUUGAAUGUAUUAGAAAAUUAUAUUUAUUGGAUAAUUAAGAGGAAGAGUAUGAUGAAAAAUCUGAUCAAUAAUUAGGUUUAUUUGAUACUUUGAAACAAAAGUAUCAUGAUUUUUAAAAUAAUGAGGAAUGGAAAAUAAAAUAAGGUCUCGUAUUUACAAUAAUAUAGAUUUCAUCUAAUUGCUUUACAGAUACAAUUAUUUCAUUUUGCUAAAAAUCCUUAAUCUAAUUGUGGGUUUCAGAAAAAGAUUUAAGAGUUAGAACUCUAUUAAAAAAUAAAAACUUAAUAAAUAUGUAAAUGUAAAUCUUGUAGAGAGAUUGGUAGACUUAACAUGAUAGAAUUGCUAGCGAAAUGUAAUAAAUGUUGAAGAAAAUCGAUUAAUUGUAAGAAUAAAUUUUUCAUGAGGCAAAUCUUAACAAACGAGAGUUACAACUCAAAUAAAUUGAUGAGACGACUUUGUAAUUAGAUGAAUAUAUUGAAAAUAUUAAUGAAAUGGGUUAAUAACUUUAACUGAUAACUGAUUUUGUUAAUCAUAUCAGAAAAGGUUUAUUAAGAGUUGAAGGAAAAAUGAAUGAAAUGAAAGAGUCUCUUAUUAAUAUGAGUAAUGAGAUUAAAUUAUUAAGAGGAAAAUCUGUUGAAUAACUGUUGGAAAUUAGAAAAUGGAAAGUAUUAAUGGAAGCAGCAUAUAAGAACGUUAGGUCCAUCUAUGUGCCAUUAAAAACUUAAGAGAAAGGGAAAAAUGAACUAAGUAAUUUGAUGAAUUUAGAAUAAUUUGAUGAUAAAGUUGGAGAAGUGAAUAAAUUUUUAUAAGAAGAGAAAACAGUACUGUUAAUUCAUGGAAUAACUGGAUCUGGCAAAAGUACGACAACUAAAAAAAUAGAAGAGUUUAUAUGGAAAUAACAUGACAAGAAUAAAUAAGUCCCCAAUCAAGUUCUCAUACCUAUUUAUAUUUCAUUACCUUCUUUAAAUAAUCCGAAUUUCUAAGCAAUAGAGGAAACACUUCGUUAAGAUGAUUAUGGAUUUGAUGAUAUCUAAUUAAAAGAAUGUAAAGAAAUGUUGGAAAAGAAGGAAUUCAGAUUUUUAUUUAUAAUGGACAGUUAUGAUGAAAUGAAACUCGAGAAUCUUUAGAAAAAUUUAUACAUUAAUAAUAAAAUUAAAUAAAAUUGGUCAGACCCACUAGUUAUUUUUACCACAAGAAGUGAAAUUUUAACAAGUAUUAAUUAUAUCGAUUGGUUUGCACCUGAAGAUAAAACAAAAUUAAAAGAAAUCUAGCUUCUAAAAUUUGACUAGGCAUAAAAAGAAGAAUAUCUUAAAAAAUUCACACUUUAGAGUAUUAAAAUGUUGAUUAUUGAAAUGUACGAAUAAUAAAUUUAAAUUGAAAACAGAAGAGCCAUGGAUAUCAAUAAAUUUGAGCUGUUUUGGGAAAAAUGA